AUCGUGUCAACUUCAACAGCUCCCAAGUCUCGAACUCAUGACAAAUAAUCACCAACAAACCAGCCAACCCAACCUCCUCAGGCGUCAAGCCCACUUCACCUGCCAUGUCUUCCGAGCACCAACGUCGCCGUGAGAAGGGGCUUUGUUUCAGGUGUGGUGAUCCUUUCCGCCCUGGGCAUAGGUGCACAGGCUCGUUCUCACUGAUGGAAAUAGCUGAGGAAGAUGAAGAGGUGAUUCCUCCUCAAAAUGAUGAAAUUGAUUCUGACACAAAUGCAGCAGAGGCUGAAAUUUCAUUCAACGCUAUCUUGGGCAAAGCGUCAGCAUCCACCAUGAGGUUGCUGGGUUCUCUACAAAACCAGGAUGUUUUAAUUCUGGUAGAUAGCGGUUCUACCCAUAAUUUUAUAUCUGAAGCAUUGGUGACAGAGUUGAAGCUUCCUGUACAACUCGUUCCGUCAUUUGGGGUUCAGAUAGGCAAUGGCAGCACAAUUAAGUGCAGUCGUGUUUGUGCUGGCUCUUGAAAUUAAAAUUUCAGAUGUAUUAAUCAAGCAAGAUUUCUUUCCUUUCUCCCUGGGGGUGCUGAUCUAGUUCUGGGAAUCAAAUGGUUAGCUUCUCUGCACACCAUCCAAGCAAAUUGGAAGGAAAUGUUCAUGAUAUUUUGGCUCAAUGGGAAGAAGUAUAAGCUACAAGGGGUAACUUCUAAGCCUCAAAAGGGUGUUCAUCUACACAGUCUAUCGUUACAUUUGGAACAUAGUGGGGUUGAUGCUUUAAAUGUUGAUUCCCUAUGUUCUGAAUUCUCAAGUAUCUUUGCUGAACCUCGUACGUUGCCUCCUGCUCGGAAUCAUUAUCAUUCCAUCACUCUCAGAGCAAAUGAAAAUCCACCCAACUUGAGACCCUAUCGAUACCCUCAUUCUCAGAAAAAUGAGAUUGAGAUCAAAGUUGCUGAAUUAUUAAAGAAAUGUUUUGUGAGGCCCAGUUCGAGUCCCUUUGCAAGUCUAGUUCUUUUGGUUAGAAAGAAGGAUAACACAUGGCGCCUUUGCAUUGACUAUCCUUGUCUAAAUCAGAUCACCAUCCCAGAUAAGUAUCCCAUCCCCAAUAUUGAUGAACUGCUUGAUGAAUUAAAUGGGGCUACAUAUUUUUCAAAAAUUGAUCUGAGAUCUGGUUACCACCAAAUACUCGUAGCCCCCUCUGAUAUUCCCAAGACUGCCUUCCUAACUCACUCAGGGCAUUAUGAAAUUGUGGUAAUGCCCUUCGGUCUCACUAAUGCACCUGCAAUUUUUUCAGUCCGUUAUGAAUGAUCUGUUUAGAUCCCAAAUGAGACGGUUUGUGCUAGUCUUCUUUGAUGAUAUACUAGUAUACAGCCCCACAGCUCACCACCAUGUAAUGUCACGUCCCGGACCGCAUCCGGGCCACGUAGACAACCGCCGUACAACCCGAUAAGAACAACAACAGUUCAUCCCUAUUGAAUUGUACAAGGCGUCCGAUUGAUUCUAUUGCCAAAUCGAUUAGUAAACACAUGCAAUCAACAUCAAUAUCAUAAUCAAACAAAUGCGGAAAUAAUAGUAUGUUUGAUACUUAGCACACGUGGCAAACACGGGCACGCAGGCCCCCAACUGUUUUAGGGAAAACAUUGUUCGAAAAUCCAUGAGCAAUUUAUAAAUUUGAAAUAAGAAUGGAAGCACGAACCACGUCUUCCUUCUUGAUCAAUCACCCUAGGCAAAGGUGCAGGUAGUAGGACUCUAGCCUUAACCGGAAAAAUGUGAGGGCCCCUGGAGGGGUCAGUACUCCAUAGAAGUACUAGUGACAAGCAGGCUAUGCUAUAUGAAGAAUAACUAAUGUUUCAGACACGAGACCCAAAAGUAGGGUGACACAUAUAUGUAAUUGUCACUCAUCUGCCCGAUGAUACAUACUAUAUAUAUAUUUGAAAAAUACUCAACUCGUGGGUCCGUUUCCUUAAAAGUAUUUUAGUGGUAAAGUUCUUAUCAGACUUUUCUCACUCCUUUCCCAAAUGCCUAGCUCACAAGCUACAUUCUACAUUCAUAAUAUCCUACCGAGUUUUGGGAGCAUUUAGCAUCCCGGGGAUACUCAACCCCAACCGAGUUUCAGGAUCAUUUACCGUCCCGGGUAUACUCAACCCCAACCGAGUUUCAGGAUCAUUUACCGUCCCGGGGAUACUCAACCCCAACUUAUUCCUUACCAAACCCUAACCUGGAUAUGGCUAACCCUUUCAUUCAUUUAACUAUGGACAAUACCUAGCCCUAUAGUCAUAUAACAAUCCUUAGGAACCAACGUGGGCGGGUCCCACCUGAACGGCCCACGUUAACCUACUCAAAACUGCCUGUUUUGAGCAUAACCCAAUACUCGAUCGAGUACCCACCUAUACUCGGUCGAGUACAGGAGACAGUAGCCCGUAAGGCCAAUUUUCAGGGUAUACUCGAUCGAGUACCUACCCAUACUCGAUCGGGUAUAGAAUACAGUAGCCCCUGGGGCAAAUUUUCAGCAAAUACCCGGUCGGGUAUUUGCCAAUACCCGGUCGGGUAUAACAAUUGACUUGGCGGUCAACGCCCGUUUGACCGCCCAAACGGAGUCCGAUUAACGUGAAAUUUUACAUGCAAGUCCGAUUGCAUUACAAUAAUCAACCACCAUAUACAUAUUAUCUAGGCCAAGAUUAAUAUAAUAUGUGUUCCAGACAGUACCGGGCGGCCCCCACUUCCGGUGUGGGCCCCACGUGAAUUUUACUAUUCACGUAAAAGAAAUGGUAAAAAUUUACAAUCACGUAAAAAUGCUCUUAUUGAUUUCUUAGGGUUCAAUACACAAUUUGAUAAAGUACAAAUACUUGGGGCGGUGUUACAUGUGCACUUGAAAACUGUCUUUCAGCUUUUACAGGAGCAUUUUUUCUAUGCAAAUGCAAAAAUAUGUUCACUGGGGCAGUCCCGGAUUGAAUAUUUGGGACAUAUUCUCACAUGUCCCCACCCUCCAAUGCGAAGGAACUGAGGGGUUUUCUGGGGUUCAUCGGGUACUAUAGGCGGUUUGUGAAGAAUUAUGGGCUCAUUGCACGUCCUCUAACUGAAUUAACAAAAGGGGUGCUUUUUCAUGGACUGCACAAGCUCAAGCUGCUUUUGAUGCUCUCAAAGAAGCCCUGACCACUACUCCAGUUCUGAAGCUUCCUAACUUCAAGCUCCCUUUCACUAUUGAGUGUGAUGCGUCUAUGGAGGGUGUAGGAGCGGUGCUUAUGCAAGAGGGGUAUCCUAUAGCCUAUUUCAGCAAAGGGUUUUCUAAGUCCAAUAGAUUUAAAUCAACUUAUGAUCGAGAGUUGUUGGCCCUAAUUCUUGCUCUUCAAAAAUGGCGUCAUUACCUCUUAGGCCGUCAUUUCACUGUUCAAACAGAUCACUGCAGCCUGAAACACUUGCUAGAUCAGAAGGUAUUAACUAAUUCCCAGCAUAGACUCCUCAUUAAAAUACUUCCAUUUGAUUUCACAAUCACUUAUAAAUCUGGGAAGGAUAAUUCAGCUGCUGAUGCACUAUCUCGACAUCCCCAACUAGCAGAAUUCUUUCAACUAGUGGUUCCCAUGGUAAACAACAUUUCUCAAUUACCAUUAGCAUUGAAAGAAGAUCCAGAAACAAGAGCCCUAAUUGAAAAGAUGCAGAGAGAUCCGGAAUCAACUCCUAAUUACAGUCUGGCAAGCGGACGCUUGUAUUACAAAUCAAGGUUGGUCAUUCCUAAUCAAGAGGAGCUCCGUAGUAAGCUGAUUGAGGAAGCGCAUGGCACUCCAACUGAGGGGCACGGGGGCUAUCUAAAGACAUUGAAAAGGUUGGGUGCCCAUUUAUAUUGGAAGGGAAUGAAACAUGAUGUUAUGCGUUUUAUUCAAAGAUGUGCAGUUUGACAACAGAAUAAAUAUCAGACAUUGGUUCCUGCAGGGCUUCUUCACCCUCUUCCCAUCCCAGAACGCAUAUGGGAGGAUAUAUCUCUGGAUUUCAUUACAGGACUUCCAAAGUCUAAGGGUUGCGACGUAAUUUUCGUGGUGGUCAACAGUUUAAGCAAAUAUGUCCAUUUCAUGGGUUUAUCUCAUCCUUAUAUUGCUAAAUCAGUAGCACAAUUGUUCUGUAAGGAGAUAGCCCGUCUUCAUGGUAUGCCCCGUUCUAUAGUCUCUGACAGGGAUCCUUUUUUCUUGAGUGGGUUUUGGCAAGAAUUUUUUCGGAUAAGCAAGACUCGCCUGAAUAUGAGCACUGUCUACCACCCUCAAUCAGACGGCCAAACUGAGGUGGUCAACCGUUGUUUAGAGGCCUACCAUAGGUGUUUUAUCCAAGAACACCCUAAAGGUGGAAUGCCUAUCUUUGCUGGGCUGAGUACUCUUUCAACACAAGUUACCAUGUUGCGGCUAAUACCACACCAUUUCAGAUUGUAUAUGGCAGAGAACCACCACGCUUGUCCCACAUAUAAAAGGAGAAACAGCAGUGGCCGAACUGGAGGAGCAACUGUAGUUAAGGGAUGACAUGUUAAACAUUCUGCGUGAUAACUUGCUUAAACCUCAAAAUCGCAUGAAAAGUCAAGCUGACCGCCACCGCAGGGACAUACAAUUUUCUCCAGGAGAUGUAGUAUGGUUAAAAAUACAACCAUACCAUAAAAAAACCUUAGCCAAGCGAAGAUUUGAAAAGCUGUCUCCAAGGUUCUUUGGGCCAUACAGAGUGCUUCGCCGCGUCGGGACAGUAGCAUACGAGCUGGAACAUCCUGCGACAGCCAAAAUCCAUCCCAUUUUUCAUGUUUCAUUACUAAAACCAGCUAUUGGUCAGGAGCUGCCUCAGUCACCAGUACCUUUGCCCUUAUCAUCAGACAUGGAGUUGAUACUUAUCCCUUCCAAGAUGCUGCAGCACCUCUAGACUGACAACAAGACUCUCGAAGUGCUAAUACAGUGGGAAGGCAAGUCAUCCGAAGAGCCCACUUGGGAGGAUUAUGAUUUAUUCACUGCACAGUUUCCAGACUUUCGACUUGAGGACAAGUCGUCUUUUCAAGGGGGGAAUAAUGAUAGGAUUUUUAAAUUUACUUAUUCUAGAAAGAAGAAACAGGGAAACGUGGCAGCAUAGUCUAAUGGCUAGUGGUUCCUGGUUUUAUGCUUUUAGUUAUUUUAUUCGGGUUGGACUUGGGUACACACUUUUGGUGUACACACUUUUGCAACAUGUCUGUGUAAGGUUUUUUUUAUGUCUGUACAGACAUAACAUAUUUUUAAAAUACGUUAUGUCUGUACAGACAUAAAAAAAACCUUACACAGACAUGUGUAAAAAGUGUGUACACCAAAAACCAAAAAGUGUGUACCUUUAUAAUUUUUCAUUUUAUUCUUAUCCAUUAGGCUGUUAUCUUUCAGUUGAGAAAUAAGUGGAUCUCCCCGCUACUACGCAUGAGUUAAUUAGUAAGUGCUCAACUAUUUCCCUACUGUCCCUCCUUGUAAUCUCUUUAAAUAGGCUCUUUGCCUUAUGAAUAAACCAUCGACAUUACAAAUACAUAUUAUUCUCUGGAGAUUCUCCUUUGGUCUUUCUUUAAGUAAGCGUGAGAUUCUUGCCUUACUUAAUAGAAGAUUUGUUACUCUUAAUUUCCCUUUUUCCUUUAUUUAAUUUCUGGGUUCUAUCAAUAUGGGUACGGGUAGGGGUAGGGUAAGAGUACAGGUACGAGGUAAGG